CGUCGCGUCGUCUGAUACCUACGUAGUAUUUUCUAAUUAUAACUUCUUUCUUAAUGAUCCAAUCAUCGCAUUAAGUUCGCAAAGUAUUCGCGAUAGUGUUAUUAUAUCGAAAUAUUCAAUAAACAAAGUGGACCUACCUAUUUUCAUUUCGUGCUAACAAGCCGCUUUAUAACUCAAACGUUUAUGCGGACUUUUGAGUUAAUUCGUUUGAGUUUCGAAGUAGGAGUCUGCUCCGAGCCUGGGGGCUUAGGUUACAUCAAUCAUCGUCAUCACCUUUCAUCAUGUCAUUAAUCAUCAUCAAGAAAAAAAUACUUAAGCCAUGGCUGUAUGGGCAUAGUUCCCUUUUGCCUUGCCCUUCAGGCACUUGCUUCAUGCAAAACAAAAAAAAAUAACAGCCAGCCAAAGACCAAUACCAAAGACCAAUACGGUCUUUGCAGCCAGCUGACUGUCAAAUGUCAAAACAAAAACAAGCCGCACUGAGCGAGUGAGCCACUGAGCCAUAAUAAUAUGAAUUACGACGAAAGUGAAAAGUAAAUGUUGUGUUUCUUUAUUGUUAUAGCAUAUCAUUCCGGUUGAAGACGGUUAUUAUAUUGGAGACGGUCAAAUGUGUUCAGAUUCUGAUCUAGGUUUUGAGCGAUGUAAAGUUCAGACUGUGCCGGCGAGCGCGUACUACUUCUCGGAAUGGAUCUCGGCGGCGGAGGAGCGCGCGCUGCUGGAGGCGGUGUACGCGGCCCCGCAGCCCAAGUGGACGCAGUUGUCGGGGCGGCGCGUGCAGAACUGGGGCGGCACACCCACAGCGCGCGGCAUGGUGGGCGAGCAACUGCCGCGCUGGCUCACGGGGCUGCUGCCGCGGCUGCCGCGGCCCGCGCCGCGCGCGCCCAACCACGUGCUGGUGAACGAGUACCGCGCGGGGCAGGGCAUCCUGGCGCACGAGGACGGGCCGCUGUUCCAGCCGGCCGUGGCCACGCUGUCGCUGGGCGGCAGCUGCGUGCUGCGGCUGCUGGACCGCGCCCGCGCGCCCGUUGCCGCGCUGCUCCUGGAGCCACGCAGCCUGCUCGUGCUUGCCGACGACCUCUACACACAACACCUGCAUGGCAUCGACGAGCUCCACUGUGAUCUCAUCGAUGACACUAUUUGUAAUUUGGAUUUGUGUUCAGAUAUAUAUGUUAAAGGUUCUACGGUUCCGAGAGACACUAGAGUUUCAUUGACUAUAAGGCACGUUCCAAAAACGUCAACUUUUAAACUUAAUAUUGGCAAUAAAUUAUCAUAAAUGAGA